AUGGCUCUAGCUAGUCAACUGUAUCAUUCACUAGGAAUAUCAGAAAUAAUAGACAAUACUAUAGCUAAAAUUGAGCCUAGUGUUAGCCAAGAAUUGAACAAUUGGGCUACACACAAUCUCACCCACACACCUCAAUCCAAUUAUCCUAAACUACCACCUUCCGGUCGAAUCACAUGCAUUAUACCUAUCUUAAAACAAUUAGAGGUCGAAAUAAAGGGAAUUUCUGACGCUGAAAUCGAAAAGCUCGCACAUGAACUAAAACAUUUAUACUCAAAGCCUCAAAUACUGCCCAGAAGAUUCAGCGCCAGGACUACUAUCGACGAAAUAGACAUAGAUUUACCCAGGGAAGAUGCAGGGAAUGAAUUUGCACCAAAAUUUCACAUGCAGGAUAAACCAUUGUGUCAAUUUUCCAAUAUCUCUGAUACGCCAAUUUACGCAUGUGAUUUUUUUGAAAAAUCAUCCCCUGAUGAUUUUCGACGAAUCAUCACACCUGUUAGAACCAGUUGGGCCACUAGGAGUCAAAAAAAUAACUCCUAUGACAAGCCGAAUUGCCAUAGUAUUAUACGCUCUCCUUUCUCAAAACACAACAGUUAUGAACACCAGAAUCCAUGUUUAACCCCUGAUGAUAUAAAAUGGCUCGAGUCAUGCAAAGGUACAUCUCAAAGAAUUUUUGGCGACGAACUUUAUAGCACACCCAUGGGCUAUAAUUACCCAUUUAUAGACUCAAGACCAUACACUCCCAUUCACCACACAUAG